AUGACUGAGAAUCAAAUAGAUCAUCCAGUGAUUAAUCUUUUAUCUAGUUUUACAAAUCAGUGUUCUAAAUGUGGUAUUAUGAAGAGAAGACGCUCAUCAUCGUCAGCAGCAUCAUCAUCACCUUCUUCUUCAUCAAAAAGCCCUGACAAUCAUCCAUCAAAGAUUCAACCAAACAGUACCAAUAACAUCAUCUCACCUUCAUUUUCAAACCCUAAUAACCCAUCUCAAUUACGAUCAAUGUCUUCUGCUUCUACCCCUGUUUCACCAUCACCAACAUUAACCCUUUUACCCCCUUCUUCUAAAUUCGUCUCUUCUGCUUUUUCAACACCAUCAAGUACUCCUAACUGCAUUCUUUCCCUUGCUUGUGGUCAAUUUGGUGGUGGUGGUGGGUCACAAAGACAAGAUUCACCAUUACAAUCAAUCUCAAAUUCCCCCGUCUCACCAUCAUCUCAUUCCUUUGUUCCACCAUCAUUAGGAUGCCCUUCUUCUGUUUCACCACCAUCACCAUUAUCUCAUUCCUUUGUUCCACCAUCUCCAUCACCACCACUUUUAUCCCCUCCUCUUGUUUCACCGCCACCGCCAAGAAAGCCUAGCCCUUUUUCAACCCCCACAAAAUCUAGGCAAGGGUUAAUCUCGUCUGCUUCAUCAACACCAUUAAGUAGUCCUAGCUGUACUCUUUGUAUUGAAUGUGGUGGUGGGUCUAAAAGAAAAGGUUUUCCACUGUUAUUAUCACCAUCGUCAGGAGCAAAGAGCAAUGGAGGUGGUUCUAGUACUCCUCCCAGCGCUGCGGCUAAGAAGAGGUGGAUGAGUGUGAGAAAUGCCUUGAAACAGAUGCAGCAUAAGUGGAUGAUGGACAACAUCAGUCAACAACUCAAAGAACAAAACAAUGGAGCUCCGGAAAUCGCCGUAAAUGAGAAACCAAAUAUCGAUAUCAACAGUCAGGGAGUUUACGGAACUGUGCCGUCUGAACAAAAUGCAGGAGUAGUGCAGGAGGUUGUGCACGAUGAAAAUGUGAGUUUUGACAGAGAUGGAGAUACCAUGAGAGUGUGUUACAUGUGCUGCUGUGGGAGACAAAAACAAAUCUUCUUCGCCAUUUCAAAUUGAUCAACUGGCAUUAAAUGCCUUCUGUAGCUUUGUGUUUGCUUGUGCCCCCAGUGGCAUGGUACUAAUUGUUUCAGCUCAAACUUUAUUUCCAAACUUUUGUAGUUUCGCCUUGAUUGUUUGAAUGAACUCUUUCAUUCUUUAGUUUCUUUCAAUUUGAUUCCUGUUAAA